AUGACGACCUUAGAAAACAGCCUCAUCCUUGGGAUAUUAGCCCGUGCUUUCUAUCUGCCUUUGAUAGCUUCCUAUAAAAACGUUACUAUCCCAGCAGAGCUAAAGUCAGUUGUAGCUAAAGUCUUGGUCAACACCACAUCCUGCAGUGUGACCUGUGGGCUGGGCUUCAAAGUGGAGGAGAUGUGUGAGAUCACUCCCGGCGGAGAGAGGAGGAAUUGUUCCUUACGCAGGUCGGACUGCCUGACCAGCUGGAUUUGUGGCUUACUCCACUUCACAGUCCCUGUGGGCAAACCAUUUGAGAUCAGCUGCCUGAGCUCAGAUGCGACUGGCAUUGAUAGCCAAGCCUAUAUUUACACGUGGAGGCUUGCCCGAGGCCUCAUCACGACAAAUGAUGUACUGUUCAAACCGUUCAAAAAUGCUGACUCUGUCAUCAGACUUUCCCCUACCAGAGAGAGUGAUGCAGGGACUUACCGAUGUGAUGUGCAGCUGACGAAGACGUUCAAAGUCAUCAAGAGGAUCUACUUUGGGGUCAGAGUGAUCCGAAGUGACUUAGUGGAUCUGAACUUUCAAAAAUCCUUGACUUUGGAGCAGAAAAUAGCGGAAAAUGAAGAGGAAGGAAACAAACAAAACAUCACCCACAUAGAAAUACGACAGCAGCAGAGCUCUUGGAAGAGUAAAUUAUUGAAGGAGCCCAUGAUAGGAGUUGGAAGUGGGGUGAUAGGUGGUGUCUUGGUGAGCAUAGCUCUCUACUUUUUGCGGAAGAUUUGGAGAAGCAAUGCUACAGAGAAAUGA